AGGAAUAUGAACCACGAUCGCAUCCACGUACUCUGGUUUCCAUGUUUACUGCGUUAAUGUCUUACCAUUUUUAUCGCAACGUUCAUAAAAUCCAAUUUUGGGGAUUUUUUGUUUUUGUUUUUUAAUUUCAUUUCCCCUUUUGAUUCCCAAUGAUUCGAAUUUGACUAUAAAAACUCUGAGACGAUUGUGCGAGACAAAGCUCUUCUUCUCAAAUUCGAUUUCAUCUUCUUAAUCUCCUCCGCCAUUUUUUGAUCGGAAACUGAGAUCUUUCCCGCCGGUUGGUGAUUUUGGGUUUCUAUGGGUGUAAUGGAGAACAAUAUGGUGAAUACUGAGACAUCAAAGGUGAGAGUGAUGAGCAAUGGUGAUGAUUCUGUGGAGAAACGAGGUCUUUUGCAGAAUGGUGUUGCUGGUGUUGCUGGUGUUGGUUACAGGAGUGAUCGUAUGACGGGGCUUAAGUUUAAGCGUCGCAGGGUUGGUGCUGUUAGGGAUUUCCCACCUGGUUGUGGAACUAGUUUCAAGUCUUUUACAUGGAAAAAGACUGAUGUUGUUAAGUUUACUUGUGAUGAGAACGGGAGUGUUGUUGCUGAUGGUGAUGAUAAGGUUGAGUCUUUGAUUAAAGAGGAGCAAGAUGAUGGAAAGGGUUGUAGCGAUUUGGGUGGAUCUGGUGCGUUGAUGGUGUUUGCCUCUGAAGAUGUUAGUAUGGCUGAGGCUGUUGAGGUUAAGCCUCUGAGCAUUUGCUUGCCAGAUGGGGAUGUCAUGGUUGGUUCUGUUACUGGGGAAAGUUCAAACAGUGAACAGGAUUCGGGUUCUGAUGUUAGCAGCAGCAGCGGAACAGAAAACAUGAUGAGGGAUAUCGUUGUUUAUGCAGAUGAUACGAGUCUGGGAAGAGGUGAUUUGGCUCAAACUGAGCCGUUGGAAAUUGAGAUGGCAGAUGUUACAGCUCCAAAACGGAGUCGUGCUCUGCAUAGGAAAAAGACAAAGAAAGGGGUUGCAUUUCGUUCAGCCAGGGGAUCAGCUGUUGUUAGGAUUCCUCCUUCACAUCCCAGUGGUUCAAGAAGCAUUGAUAGUACUCGGGACAAAGUUAAGGAAACUCUUCGUCUUUUCCAUGGAGUUUGUAGAAAAGUUUUGCAGGAGGAUGAAGCAAAGCCUGAUGAAUUGAGGGUAAAAAAACUUAGAGUAGAUUACAUUGCUAGGCAAAUUCUCAAAAGCAAAGGGAAAUUCCUCAAUGUUGGUGUACAGAUUCUGGGAAAUGUGCCAGGGGUUGAAGUUGGUGAUGAGUUCCAAUAUAGGAUGGAGCUGAACAUUCUAGGUGUACAUAGACCAAGUCAAGGUGGUAUUGAUUAUAUGAAAGUCGGUAAGGACCUAGUUGCAACAAGUAUUGUAGCUUCUGGAGGGUACGACGACCAUCUGGACAACUCGGAUGUCUUGACCUACACUGGUCAAGGUGGAAAUGUGAUGCAAGUAAAGAAAAAGGGACAGGAACUGAAAGAGCCUGAAGAUCAAAAGCUUGUAACAGGAAACCUUGCGUUAGCAAACAGCAUAGAGAAGAAGACACCUGUGCGCGUCAUAAGAGGCAAAAAAAAGGCAGCAUUACAAUCAUCAUCAUCAGCAGGUGGAAAUUAUGUUUACGACGGAUUAUAUCUUGUGGAAAAGUAUUGGCAAGAAGUUGGAUCUCACGGGAAGUGUGUCUUCAAGUAUAAACUUAGGCGCAUGCCCGGACAAGCUGAGCUUUCAUGGAGAGUGAUGAAGAAAUCAACGUCUAAACGCCAGGAAAAUGUACGUAUUCUUGACAUUUCAGAGGGGAAAGAGCGACGACCUAUUAGCGCUGUGAACGAUAUAGACGAGGAGAAACCGCCUAAGUUCACCUACACGGUUAAAAUGAUUUACCCAGAUUGGUGCAAACCAGUUCCUCCAAAGUCAUGCGGUUGCACCACAGCCUGCAAGGAAGCGAGCAUGUGCGCUUGUGUGUUGAAAAACAAUGGAGAGAUACCAUACAAUUACGAUGGAGCCAUUGUUGGUGCAAAGCCUUUAAUCUACGAAUGUGGCCCGCUCUGCGAAUGCCGGUCUGAUUGCUACCUAAGAGUCACACAGCUGGGGAUCAAGAUCCAGCUUGAGAUCUUCAAAACCAAGUCAAGAGGUUGGGGAGUGAGAUCGGUUAAAUCAAUCCCUAUUGGUAGCUUCAUAUGCGAAUACGUAGGUGAACUUUUAGAGGAUAGUGAAGCCGAAAGAAGAAUCGGAAACGACGAGUAUCUCUUUGAUAUUGGUAACAGGUAUGAUGACUCUUUAGCGCAAGGGAUGUCAGAGCUAAUGCCUGGGAAAAAGAAAAAGCCAGCCAUGGAAGAAGUUGAGGAGACUAGCGGAUUCACCAUUGAUGCAGCAACGAAGGGAAAUGUUGGGAGGUUCAUAAACCAUAGCUGCUCGCCAAAUCUGUACGCACAAAACGUAUUGUAUGAUCAUGAAGACACGAGAAUGCCUCAUGUGAUGUUCUUCGCAAUGGACAACAUACCUCCGCUUCAAGAACUGACUUACCACUACAACUAUGCCAUUGAUCAGGUACGCGACUCUAAGGGUAAUAUCAAGAAGAAAGCUUGCUUCUGUGGUUCUGACGGCUGUACUCGUAGGCUCUAUUGAUAUAUAGAUAUAUUCGCCUUAAAAACCUUUUAUCCCUGUUUUUUUUUUUUUUUUUUUAAU